AUGUUGUCCUUUUGGUUAUUAGAUUAGAUUUGAUUUUCUUUUGUCUGUUACAUCUAUUCAUCUAAUGAAAUAUAGAUUGUUCUAGUUGAACAAAUUCAACUAAUCAUGUGGACGGUGCUCCGAAAAUGGCAUUAAAAAUGUUAAUAGAUGAAUGACAUUUUUAAAUUGUGAUCAUCAACAGUGCCAGUUGAGCGUCAGCUGUUUGUCUUUGUGAGUAUGUGGAGGACCAAUGCGUCCCAGGACAUCACAAAGUGGGUUUAUGGUGUGGAAAAGCAAACAGUGAUCCAUUAGCCACACCAAAGUGCCCUGUGGUACAAGCUGCCCUGUAACGGGCCACGUUAAUGUGAUGUUAGAGCUGGAAGUGUGUUGUUGAUCACUCACAGAUUCGUCAGGGGGUUUUGAUUCUGGACUUGUAUGAGAGAGGCAAGGACUCUGUGUCACUGACAUGAUGAACAACACAGAUAAGCAGUGCUACACACGAGAGGACAGUGACGGUUCAGUUUGUGAGCAUUUUAAUGCUGAUGGGGAGACGGGAUUAACCAUAAGCAUAUUAUGAAUACAUUUUAUUCCAUCUUUAUUCAACAUUUAGUCUGCACAAAUUUAGCUGACUUUGAUUCUGAUUAAUAAUUGAUACAAAAUAAUUAUUGACUUUUUUUAUAAAAGGGAUUUUAUCAAAGCCCACAACGUAACAGUAGGUUUUGCCCAAACAGCAAUUACACAUUGUUCAUGUUGGCACAAAUGUUCCACAUGGGAUAAAGAAAUAUGUACCAGAAUAUUUUGUAUUUGGACACAGAAGUGUAUUUAUUAUGACUAUCAGUCAGUAUCUUCGUCGUCUAAAUAAUCCUACUCAAUCUUGCAGCUCAAAGUAGACGCAUUAAAAAGUUGUGAUUUAUGUGAAACUUUUCUGACUAGUAGUUCCAGUUUCUGUUUUUUGAUUCUGUAUCCGUCAUAUUUCCAUUAGGCAGUGCAACUUUAAGGUUUUCAAUGUUCUUGAUUUCCCUCCCCUUUUAGAGAGUCCAAAGACUAAAGGUAAUCACAUGAAGUUAAACCCUGUUUUAUGAUGCCUAGUAAUAGUCAGCAGAUAUGUUAUCCAAGGCUAAGACCAAUCUUAAUGUUAGGCUGAUGCUUCACAGUUGAGUAGAGACAACCACGCAGAUGUUCACAGAGCUGUUUGGUGGAAAUCAUAGGGUUGACAGAGAAAUUUACAUUUAAUCCUAAAGAGGGAAUAGACAACCCAGUGAUGGUCAUCACAGAUGACGCAGACUCUGCGCCGACACCCAGCCCACGCCUGUGUGUUCUUAAACGCGUAAAGGGGGAGUCCUACGGCUUUCAUUUGCGAGUGGAGAGGAAGCGCCAGGGUCACAUAAUCAGUAAUGUGGUGGUAGGGGGAGUGGCAGGGUGCAGAGGCCUUCAAGAUGGAGACAGGCUCUUGGAGGUCAACAACUGCUAUGUUGACGAUGUUCCUCACCCUGAGGUGUCCCGGAAGAUAAAGCUAAGUGGACACCAGUUGUGUUUGUUAGUGUUGGAUGGGGACGAGUAUGAGCAGGCGGUGUCACGAGGCCAAGACCUCAGAGGUAUGGCCAGAGCACACAAGGACAAGGGCUGUAAACCACCCAGACUUUGCCACAUCACCAGGGACCCUGCCUCAGGCCUGGGCAUCAACUUCACACCCGUGGAAGGAGCGAAAGGACGCUUCUCUGUGAGCCUGUUGACAGGAGGUGCUGCUGAAAAGGCAGCGGUGUGUAAUGGAGAUCGUCUGGUGUGGAUGAACGGAGCCACAGUGUCCGACCUCACACACUCCGCACUCAACAGGAUGAUGAAAAAAUGUGGCAAUCACAUCACCAUCCUAGUGAUUGACAGUGAGAGUGAGAAGAACUUCAUGAGACUGAGGAUGCCGAUCCUACCCACCAUGGCUGUUCCACAUAACCUGCCCUACAGGGCCAGAAACCUCCACCUGCUCUGCGGGCCUGAGGGCUACGGCUUCCUCCUGCGGCUGGAGAGGGCGGCAUCAGGACGCACAUCUCAUGUUCUGCGUGAGAUGGACAGAGGCAGUCCGGCAGAGAGGGCAGGUAUGCAGGACGGCGAGCUGCUGCUGGAGAUCAAUGGAGAGUCGGUGGAGACACUGACGCAUGAAGAGAUAGUGGACAGAGUGAGACAGAGUGGACAACAGGUUUCCCUCACCACCAUCACUUCACAGGGGCUCGACUUUUACACCCAGUUGGGCCUGUCGCCUCUACUGUUCUGUGACGAUGAUGCAGCUGAGAAAGAAGAGGAGAGCAGUGCACCAGCCUGCGAAGCACAGACGUCAUCGCAGAAGGAAAUGGAUGGCUCCUCCAAGCCUAGACUCUGCUCGCUCCGAAAAGGCCCUUUGGGGUUUGGCUUUAAUCUGGGUUGUGUCCCACGGACUCCAGGGACCUUCAUCAGUCAGGUGGCUUUUGGUGGCUCUGGGCAGAGUGCAGGUCUACUUGUGGGAGACGUGGUGAUUGAAGUGAAUGGACAAAAUGUCGAAGAGAAAUAUUUGGAGGAUAUUAUUCUUUUUGUUAAGGAAGGGGGGCAUUUUCUUUCAUUAUCAGUCAUGGAUAAGGCUAGCUAUAACAAGAUGAAGCACACUGACACACCAGCCAGAGAUGUCACUGAGCAGGAGGAAGAACAUUUUGACAUAUCCUCUUUGUGAGCAACAAAAAUACAUCUCUCCCAUACCAUGUGUCUGCCAAGGAUACUUCAAACUGAACUGGACAAGAACUUAAACUAAGAUUAUUAUUAUUAUUAUUGUUAUUAUUAUUAUAUUUGCAAAGCUUGCCUUGAUUUAAGGACUUCACAAAGGAAUCCAAAAUAAGCGGAAUGAAGCUUUAACUGUGCAAGUACAGUACAUUUAGAGAUGUUGAACAUUAAGUAUUAGCUGACAACUGCCACAUAUGAUCUCAGUUAGAUAAAAUGCAGAAUAAAUAAAAUACACAAUUUAAAGGACCAUAAUCUCCAUUAACUAAAUAUCUCAUUGCAUUGAGAUGGAUAGCAACCAGUGGCUGUAUGUAAACAGAACAACAUUGGGAUAUAUAAGAAAACUAAUACUCUUCUGAAAAUGAACAUCAGUAAUGUAAAGUAUGCAUGAUAAAAGGGCAAAAACAUGUCUAAACCGGUAAAUAUGUAAAUUGGUUUUGUUGAUUGUAUUGUUGUGAGUGGGAGUGGAAGGUAAAGUGUAAAUGUUUUAUGUCUUAUGUAUAAAACCUAUUAAAUAAAACGUUUGCUCUUGAUGACAAA